AUGGCUCGUGGCGAUGGGAUUGGAGCUCGAGAAAUCCACGAAAAGCACAACAAGAUGAUUGUCGAAGCGAUUCGUCAAGCUGAAAAGGUGGGGAAAUUGUUUUUGGGUACUAUUUUCGGGGAAAACCUCGAAUUUUUUGAUUUUUUAUUUAUUUUUCGAUGUUGUAGUAGGUGGUUUGGCGAAAAUCGAUGGAUGUUUGCAAUUUUGGCGAGUUUUUUGAUUGGUUCUAGAUUUAAAAGGUGGUGUGACGUUUUUUCUUGAAUAUUUUUUAAUUUCAGGUCAUUCUUGCGCUGCCCAGAGUCAAGACAAUCCGGCCAAAGUCCAGAUCCAGAAGUCGAAGCGUGGCGUCGCAAACCGAAUCCGACACUGAAAGCUUCUAUGAUGUGUCGGAACAAUGGAAUAACAUGACGGAAAUACCAAAACCGCGUCGAAGCAGCUCAGUCACCACUUUUACCGGCGCUUCUAGAACAGAAAAGGUAAGUUAUACUUGGUUAUAUUGUUUUAGUUUUAGGCUCUUGAUCAACCUGCGGACAAUGAAUUCUUGACCCGUGACAGAGUAGUGCGUUACGAAGAGAAGACGUAUCUCAUCCGUGAGCUAUUGCCAAAGAAGGCUUCGGCUCGGUUGACUCCGCGUGAACUCAAACGGCUCAUCACGAACAAGGAUAAGAUCGGAAUUAGGUAAUAUUGGGCUUUUUGAUUAAAUAAGGUUGAGAGUUGAAUUUUUUACGAGAUAUUUUAGUUGAAAAACAUUAUCAAGAUAUGUUUUAUAAAAUUAAAAAUGGUUUUUUCAAAUUUUAUUAAAAAUUUGCGAAUUUAUAUUGUUUUAGGUGGAGAUGUUGACUUUCGAGUUUAACUUGCUAUAUUAAUUUAAAUUUUGAUAUUUCUGAUAUCUAUUAGCGUUUGAUAGCUUAUAGAUAAUUUUUUUCUAGUGAAUGCCCAUGUCCAUACAAGUUCAAGCCAAGAACUGACAACACCGCAACGGACACUACGCUUCGUAGUUAUCAAGAUUCAGAUGCGACGACUAACUCAAUCAAUCUCGGUAACAUGAAGCCACGUCGUGUUAGAUCAGAAGAGUCGCUCUCUAAAGUGGAAGGCAACGUCAAGUUGACCAAGACAAAAAACAAUGGCAUUGAAAUCAAAAUUCCAACUGUUAUUGUAGGUUUUUAUGGUUUUUUUUCUUUUGUUUUGAUUUUUAGGUUGUUUGGAAGGAUUUUGAGUAUGAUUUUGACUUAUUUUAUAUAUUUUUGUUCUUCUUUGGUAAAUUUUUUGAUAUUAUUAUGAAUAAUAUAAGCUUUUUCAGGUUCCAAAGCAUCUUGAAGGCAAUUUCAUGGUCACAUUCGACUUGGAUAUUAAACAGCCCGGAAAGUCGCCCAGACGCAUUUCGAAUGUUUUUGAAUUGAAUCAAGGUGAAGUAGAGAGAAUUUACGUUGAUGGCCAGGAGUUUAUCAGAACCAAGAACUCGGCUUAA